AUGUCCACCCGCAAGGUUUCGUCUCGGUCAACAACAUUAGCUUGUUCAAAACGGUGUAGAUUUUCGGUUGAUCAUCGGAGAUGUCGUCAUCGCAAGCGAGGAGAAACAUCGGAGCGGAGACCAAGACCGGAUAAAGUGACGCAUUUUCACCUUCGGGAACGAUUUGUCGGGAAGAUGCCGGUGAGGGAUUCGUCGAUUCUUUUAAUGAGGAAUUUUUAA